GAAAGUUCUUGUUCCCGUAAACCAUAAAACCAAAAAUACUAUUAAAGUUACCCUUUACUUGUCAGUCUGUAUUUCCAUAGAAAUAGAUAAUCGAGUUUGAUCAAUAUAUCAGUUACAAAUAGUAAACAUUAAAAAUGUUUUGGGGCACAACUCCAGCACUCGAUAUUUUGGAAGAAUACGAAUUAAUAAAAAACAAUAUUCCAGAAACAAUAAAUAUUCUUAUUGUUGGCGGAGUUGAUUGUAGACAUGUACUAAAAACAGAAGCUUGUAAGUACAGACACAAAAAUGUAAAAAUAAAUUUUAUUUUAGUAGAAGCAUGCCUAGAAGUAAUUGCAAGACAGAUGUUACUAUUAAGUAUAGCUCUACAACCACAGCAAAUUAUUGGGUUAUCUCAGAAAACUAAAAUAUUUAUGGAAAUAUAUGGAAAUACUUUGAUUAGACCUUCUGUAGCUAAGUUUUUGCAAACAACAGCAACAGAUUUGUUAAAAAUGAUAACUAACUACGAUUAUUUAAAAACACUGAUGGAAUUUCUUUCUCUUAAUGUUAAAUAUAAAGAGAGGGACUACUUAGAGACUUUACUAAAGUUCUGGAGCUCCAAAGACGAGUUCGACAUUUGCCUCUCUUGGGAUAGACGACUUAGGAGAACUUUAGGAGUACGGUAUGAUUCUAAAAUUGGAGCAUUUGAUUGGGAUUUGCAUAUGAGACUUCAUGAUGUUGGUGCAAAACAGAUCUGCAAUCAAGAAUAUAGAAAUUUUAGAGCCAACGGUGUAUCGUUUUCUUGGUUGGAGUCAGAAGUCUCGAAGCCAAAUAGAUCGUUAGUCUGUGUAGUGGUGCCGAAUGGUGCAAAUUUUGUACAUCACGGAUAUUUAGGUGAUAUGCACACUGGACCAUUCAUCAGCUUUGGUUUGACGUGUGAGGAUGAAACCUUUUUAAAAUCAGUCUACGGCCAAAACCAUUACAGAGCUACUGAUGUUACAGAAAGAAACUUAAAGCAAAUUUUCUAUGAACUUGAACAUAAAAAGAAAUAUAAUCAUAAGAAAACUAACGAUUCUCUUAUGGGUAAUGUAGUCAUGAAGGAAGAGAAUCUGGUGAUCGAUAACACGGGCUUAGACUUUAUUCCAAGACAGACAAAGACCUAUUUGAAACUUGAAGACAGGAUAACCUUAACAUCCGCCUCUAUGUUACGUAUGUUUAAACAUAAACAAGAGUAUCAAAAAUUCUUUGACGUUAUUUAUUUUGGAAGUAGCUACAUUAAGUUUUUUGAUGGAGAACUUAUUAAUAAUUUUGCCAAAAAAGGAGCAUUUAUGCUUAUUGAAAAUCAGCUAUAUGUUCCAAGUUGCCGAAAACAGGAACUUAAAAAUUUUUCAAAAUCAGUUGAAGAAACUCUUAAAUGGGUUGAAACUGAAUCAAUAAAAUUUAAUUAUGAAAAGGACGCUUAUGCUAAGAUUAUCUUGAAAUAAAAAGAAAUGAUAACAUUCGUCAUACAAAAGUUUUACCAUAAGUUUGUAUAGUUUUAUGGGUAUAUGCGUGCGUGUGUGUAUGUGUAGGACAUCGGUUAUCUGAAUUGCUUUGCUGGUUUUUUUUAUUAAAAUCUCAUAACUCAUAACCUUAUAACGACAUGAAUAAUAACAGUUGAUCCUAGAAUCCUUAAAUAUCUGAUUUAGACAAUAAAAUGUGGUAAUCAAUAUUUUCAAGCGCUUUUUUGAAGUCUUCAUAAAUAACAUAAAUAACAUCAACUUACCUUGUUUGUUACAUAAACUUAGUUAUACAUACCAGUUUAG